UACCUGAAAGCAACAAAGCAGCGGAUGUAGCAGCAGCAGCAGCAGCAGUAGUCUACAGUACAUCGGCAACCAUGUAGCGCUGAGAGCAAAAAUAUCUUCCUCCGACUUGCUAAAGAAUCAUGUCCUCAUGAAGUAAUAGUGCAUCAAUAUGUUUUCCUGAAGAUAACUGGACGCUCGGACGGAAAUUAAAAGGCGAGGGAGUCGAGUGUGAAAACAGAAGCCUGUAACAUAGAGGCACUAUCUGCACUCGGCUGGACGUUGUAUUGGGCUACUAUUCUGAUUGAUUAGCCUACGUUAGCGUUUAAUCGGCCUUUUAAAUGACUGCACUUGUCUGGCUACGCGUACUGUAUACUCGGGGGAAGGGCGUGUAACGCUAACGGAUACCGGGGUUUGUAGUUUGCAGGGUCUGGCUAUCUGCGUUACCGCCCCGUUUUUUCUCUUCUGUAGUAACGCUAACAGCAUUACCAGGAGAAAGCUGAAGAUACAGUUUCGGGUUUGCACUAUAACCGAAACCUGCUUACACCAUGGGGAAUACAACCUCUUGCUGCGUGUCCUCGAGCCCUAAACACCGGAGGAACAAUCACUCCAGGCUCGAGCCCUACCGGCCGGAGCCGGAGCUGAGCCGGGAGGACACGAGCUGCAACCUCCAGCACAUCAGCGACAGAGAAAAUUUAGACGAUCUGCCCAUGGAGUACAACCCCUCAGAUCAUCCUCGGGCCAGCACCAUCUUCCUCAGCAAGUCACAGACUGACGUUGCUGUGCCCAGCAAGAGAGUUCGAGAGAAACGGAAGAGCCUUUACAUCAACCACUUCACACACAUUUCGGAGAACAAGCAUCAUCCAGGCCUGGUGAGACGGAAGUACAGCUCAUGUUCCACCAUAUUCCUCGAUGACAGCACCGUCAGUCAGCCCAACCUCAAAUACACCAUCAAAUGUGUCGCACUCGCAAUAUACUACCACAUAAAGAACAGAGAAGUCGACGGAAGAAUGUUGAUAGACAUUUUCAAUGAGAAACUGCACCCGCUCACGAAGUCUGAAAUUCCUCCGGAUUAUGAAAAACACGACCCUGAGCAGAAGCAGAUCUAUCGCUUUGUCAGGACGCUGUUCAGCGCCGCACAGCUCACCGCUGAGUGUGCCAUUGUCACGUUGGUGUAUUUGGAGAGGCUCCUGACCUACGCUGAGAUCGACAUUUGCCCUGUCAACUGGAAGCGGAUCGUGCUGGGAGCCAUCCUCCUGGCAUCUAAGGUGUGGGACGACCAGGCGGUCUGGAACGUCGACUACUGCCAAAUUCUCAAGGAUAUCACAGUGGAGGACAUGAAUGAGCUGGAGCGUCAAUUCCUGGAGCUGCUGCAGUUCAACAUCAACGUGCCGUCCAGCGUCUACGCCAAGUAUUACUUUGACCUGCGCUCCAUGGCCGAGGCCAACAACCUCAGCUUCCCCCUGGAACCCCUUAACAGGGAGAAGGCCCAGAAACUAGAGGCCAUCUCUCGGUUGUGUGAUGACAUAUACAAGGACUUGAAGAAACAAGCGAAGAAGCGGUCAGUGAGCGCAGACAACCUGACGGUGGUGCGGUGGUGUCCUGCCAUCAUUUCCUAACACUGGCCGCCUGUAGCACGCAGAUAGACCUGUCAGACAUACUGUACUGUAUUUCCGCCUGGGUAAUCAGGCAAACCAGGUGGGCAGCAGUCCUGUGGAUCAGUACACACACACACACAGACACAGACACACACACAAACACAAACACAAGCUGGCACUUUUACAAGUGUGAUUGCACCCUCUCUGGUUGUUGUACAUAAAAGAAGUUCCACUGGCUGCCUGCACUGAACCAAACAGAGCUGAGCUGAACCAAACUGAAGUGUGUGUGAGUGAAAGUUGUGCAGAAGAAGAGGCCAACCACAAAUACAAGUGGCAAUAUAUGAGAGACUACGUGAAAAGAAAAUAGGAACAAGCUUAAUGUGGAAAAACAACAGGCGACAGCGACAACAGCGUUCCAUAACUCCCUCUGAGGCUCCACUGGCUUGUACGCUUGAUUGAGGGAGGCCGUGUACAUUCCUUUCAUUUUAAUCUUCUGGUUCAGUCACUUCCUUCCCUACCUGAAGCAUGAGAGGAUAUCUUUUUGGACCGCUUAUAGGCACAUUUAAAUUUUUAAAUGCUCAAUUCCUCAAUUUGUUUUGUUGGUGUUUAUCUGGGUUUUUUUUUUGCAUUCCCAUCCAGCAGAAACUUCUGCGAGCAGAUCCAAGACAUGUACGUACAUUCCACCGUUUCCUUGUUGAUAAAUUGACUAGACUACACGUCGUAUUCACUUACACUGUAGCCAUUUAAUUCAAGUUCUCAGUCAGAGAACCAACGUUGAAAAAGCAAAUCAGUGUUUUGCUCCGGGGCGUUCUGACAGGAUCUGGGGAUUCAACUUGUACUAUUACAGUUACAGUUUCUCUAACAGCAACGCCAUCCAGCCAUAAUUCAGAUACAGCUAUAACAGGAAAGCAAUAUUCAUGCGUUGCUUUGUUGUUGUAAUUAAAUGCAAUGAAGCGUGCAUACUUGGAAGACGGCGGUCCACUACUCUCAGUCAGACGUGAGACGUCACACAUGAGACGUCGUACUGUAGAUCUUAUGUUAAUUCACUGCCAUUGUCCUGACCUGUGGUGCCUGCAAUAAGCUAGUGUAACACUUAUCCCCUUUCUACUGCAGGAAUAGAACAAAUAACUGUAUUGUUUUUCUUUAACAUUUUGUAUGGUUCUUCCAGCUUACAAAGAAACAGCACAAAUGGAAUAUUGACAUUUAGGAGCCACAAAACGCAUGAUUAUUUUUCAGGGUGGUUUUGUGUUGUUCUGGAGAGUACCCAAAUAAAUCAAAAAGCAUUAAGUGACGAUUCAAACACUGCUUACAAAAAGAUAGAUUGUAUACAUUUUGCUAAAUUGUCUCUGUACAGUGUAAAUGCAGCACCGGUGUGCAAAAUCUGUAGACUGGACUGUACUGUAAAAAAAAUGAAUGAUGUUGUAAUAUGUAUAUCGGAUCAGUUUUUACUGUACACGAGGGUGGUGGUAAAUAUGUUGGAUUCCAUGUUCUUAUUACAAAUCAAUUAAAGACAAAGGUGAAGUAUUAAGAUUGAAAUGGGAGACACCACUUUGUUUUGGUCGGUUUUCUUGUUACGAUGUUUUCACACUGCUGAAAAUGCCAAUUCUUAAUGUGUUACAUACUGUAUGAUAUAUAGAUAAUAUGAGGCAAUUCAAUCUGUUUUUCUUUUCUUUUUUAUUAUUAUUUGUUGUAAUUUAAAAUAUAUUUUCUAACCCCCACUCUGUGGAAGCAUUGCCAGAUCCAUGUUCUUAAGCAAUGAUGCUUGUUUCUUAUGGAGCCCUGUAACUGAUCAAAUGCAGUAAAAAACACAGUAAUACAGAAUACAUCAAGAAAUACUAUUGUUAUUCCAAUGAUUUUCAUAGCAAAAAAACCUUUGUAUUUCUUUUUGUUCAACAAACUAUUAUUUAUUGAUGUAUUCAGUUAUAUAUUCAGUAAUUCUUUGACUUUGCUGAUCACCUUUUACAUUGUUGUGUCAGUUUUGGGCUCCUCAGUUUCUUGCAUUUCCUGAAAAUAAGUGAAACUGUUUUUCUUCAUGAACAAAUCACUUCCUGAGGUCCUUGACAUUUCCUAAAAUCAGAAAUAAGAAUAUGUACAGGUAUCUAGUGAAGGGUAAACCUAUACUUUAUGGUUUAAUUCAUUCCAGUUUUGACACUUGAAUGGUUUAAUAAAAAUGUGAAGUAAUGCUUCUAUUAUAUAAACUUCAUAACAGUGGUUGUUGGCCUUAUGAUCAACUGAACUCCCAUGUUCCUCCACUACACCAUUGAACAGACGGUAAACUGUCUGUGUAUAACCUGGAAAUGUUUGAAAAGGGCACAAACAUAGCUUCUUUUUUUAAAAUGGAUUUUAAAACGAAAAGGGUCAGAUGAAAGUCCAAAUUCAAAUGUGACAUCAGCGUAGACCCUUCUGCAAGCCUCUAUCUGUCACAUCUGUGAUUCAAGUGCUGUUGUUUGUCAAGCUACUAGAGAAGCAGUCAGGUCAGUGAGAUUUCCAACCUUGAGCAGCAGGUGUGAGAAGGGACAGAAGCGAACCAAAGUCGUGGAGAAAUGAAGGAAGAUCCUGUGGGACGUAUUGCUCCCACCCAGCCCACUUGCACAUGAAGUAUAUACAAAAGGUCUUGGAAAGAACUGUUGUUUUGCAUGGUGCUUUGAAUGAGUGCAAAAUGUGUCUUUAAGAAAGUAAGGUUACUGGAGUUGCUGUCGUAGGUUCUAACUGUUAGAGGUAUUCAAAGAGUGUAUAUCCUAUUUAUUGUAUGUGUGUGCAUACAGCCCAGUCUGGUGUUUUUGUAGACCCAGAAGUGAGUCCUGAGGUGGAAAAUGUACUCCGACAGCAAAGACCAUGGGCCUGUGGCGUCCUGUCGGCUGGUUAAUAGGUGUGUGUAAUAGCCUUGUGCACUGAACUCUACCUCUGCUUAGAGUUUUACUUUUCUCUCGAUUUUUCUUCUUCUCUUCGAAGACAACUUUUAGAAUAUACACAUUUUGCUUUGAUCGUGGCGAUCUCAUGUGCUAACAUCAGUCAACUUCAGUAGCUGUGACUUAUUUAUUUGUAUUUUUUUCAAUGAUUAAUAGUUUCAACAUCUUGUGCUGUAUUCUGUUGCCGUUGUCAGUGUAUUAUUUUUCUGUCAUUCUGUUCUUGUUCUCAGUUUGCCAAACUCAGAUCUGUUUUUCUCUUUGUUUUCAACUAUGAUUUCAAAACUGCUCCCAAUUCUAUCUUCUUAAGCAAUGUUUAGUAAAACCUGUGCAAGAAUUAAACUUUAAAACCUUGCAAUAAA